UGACAAAAGUGAGGAUAUUGGCAGGCGAGUGGACCAAUCAAAGAAGAUGUCGGUGAGCGCGGGACGCCACUCGCGCAAGGGUAGAUGGUUUUUGGAGUUUCUGUGUGUGUGUGUUGAAGUGACAGGUUCUUGAUCCGCCUUCCUCAGCUAGAAGAACUACAAUCCCCAGCAGGCACCACGCUGCCAGGCCGGGCCCCCCUUCCCCCAACUUUAGUGCCUGGGCUGCUUGACCAGAGCUGCAGCAACUGUUGCAAGAGGUAGGGCUGAGGCGGUGGGAAUUGCACAGACAGGCGGUCGCACAGAAAGACACACAGAUAUAGUCGUGUGCAUAGCCCUUGACAGCAAAUAGGUCAGUUCUGCCUUCGCAAAAUCUCCUUCCCAGAUCAUUUCCCGUCUUCCAAGGAAUCCAUCCUGAAGCCAGACCAGCUGCCUGUAGUGCGAAGACUUCUCUUUCUCCUUUCCUCUGUUUCCCAUCCUGAGGAAGGAGGAAGGCAGGCCAGUCCCUGUAGAUAAAAAGGCCUCAGCCCCAGGAUCAGCCCAGGCCCCAGUCGUGUUUCUUGAGGCAUUGACUUCUGGAACCCUUCUUGGGGAGGAGGUGAGGGGGCUGCAGUCAAGAUUGGGGCCUCUGGAGUCAGUGGGGAAAGGUCUUCUCCUAAGGCUUGUUGGAGCCACUGACCCACUCCACUCCCAGCCUCUCCAGCAGGUGUCACUAGUUAAAGGCAUCUGCUGAAAGAUUUGGAACAGAAGAAGGUGACUACUCCAAACCAGACCAACAGUAAUACAGAGUCACCAGCAGCCCUGGAGGAGGCCAAGGUAAGCCCCACCCUCCCAACCACGCGAGUACCCUGAACAUGGAUCCUGCCAAAUGGGACCCCGGCUUCUUGUCUCAGACCUCUAGUGCUCCUGGGAGCCCCAAAACAUCCCCUGAGCCUCAUGACUCUGGAGGUUCUCUGCCCCUGACACCCCAGAUGGAGAGCCACUCAGAGGAGGAAGAUCCUCCUGGGGCCGGUAGUGGCCUGGCCUGGAGCAGUCGGGGCCCCCGGACCCAGAGCCCAGGGCGCUGCUCAGUGGAAGCUGUACUGGCCCGAAAGAAGCACCGCCGGCGAUCGUCAAAGCUUUCAAAGCGCAAGCGGCCCUGGCGGCCCUACCUGGAGCUGAGCUGGGCCGAGAAGCAGCAGCGGGAUGAGAGGCAGAGCCAGAGGGCCUCCCGGGUCCGAGAGGAGAUGUUUGCCAAAGGCCAGCCCGUGGCACCCUACAACACCACCCAGUUCCUGAUGAAUGACCGAGACCCCGAGGAGCCCAACCUGGAUGUGCCCCAAGGGGCCUCCCACCCAGGCUCCAGUGGGGAAAGUGAGGCAGGGGAUGGCGAUGGGCAGGGCCGAGCCCACGGGGAGUUCCAGCAGAGGGAUUUCUCAGAAGCCUACGAGCGCUAUCACACCGAGAGCCUGCAGGCCCGCAGCAAGCAGGAGCUGGUGCGGGACUAUCUUGAUCUGGAGAGGCGGCUGUCACAGGCCGAAGAGGAGACAAAGAGGCUGCAGCAGCUGCAGGGGUGCACCAGCGGGCAGCCCUGUCGCCAGGUGGAGGAGCUGGCUGCCGAGGUCGAGAGGCUCCGGACGGAGAACCAGCGGCUUCGGCAGGAAAAUGAGAUGUGGAACCAAGAGGCCGGCGGCCGCAGUGGGGAGCCAGGCACCUAGAGGUGCCCCGCCCCCGGCCCUGCCAGGGUGAACCAAGGAGAAGGUUCGUACACACUCAGGCCAGCUGCGUCUCAGGGAGGCAGGUCUCAGCACUCCUGCACCCCCCACCCCACCCCGAGAACAACUAAAAUAGGUUCAGGCUUCCACCUUGUCACUUCCACAAUUUGUUCUCUGAUGUCAUCUUAUUUUUCACAAAGAAAUUAAAUGAUUUUGGUGAGAUGAAA